AUGUCCAAUGAAGAGCGUUCAUCAACAAAUAUCAAUGGUGAUUUUCUUCAUUUUCAACUUCUCAUCGAUGGUCUACUUCGUCUCGGCUACAGUCAGAUAAGUCGAGGUGAAUUUUUCACUUUAUGCAAAAAAGAAUAUGAAGGCAAUUACGAACAAUUGUCCAUUCUACAAGAAUUCGAAGAAUCUUAUAUUCCAGAAAAAGCUCUAUAUUGGUAUACACGGCAUUCAUUUAUCUAUCGAAUACUCAAUAAAGCUUUACGAGUUCAGAACAUUAAUGUUCUGUUUCUAUUUCAAUUCUUUAUUCGAGAUUUAUAUCAACAGCUCGAAAAAUUACAACGAGAACAAGAUCAAACAUCAAUUCGUGUUUAUCGAGGUCAACUAAUGUCAAAACAAGAAUUGGAUGUCUUGCAACAAUCUAAAGGACGAUUAAUAUCGAUGAAUUCAUUUCUAUCAACAAGUCUUUGUCGACAAAAAUCUCUUUCAUUUAUUUCAUCUGAACAUGAUGAUCUUUGUCGUGUUCUAUUCGAAAUCGAUGUCGAUCCUCGUUCGUCUUAUGGCGCGAAGCCAUUUGCCAACAUCAGUUCACAAAGUAAAUUCGUAAAUGAACAAGAAAUUCUGUUUAUGAUUGCAACCGUCUUUCGCCUCGUUGACAUUCAUCAGGAGAAUAAAAUUACUGUCAUUCAAAUGAAACUAUGUAAUGGAAAUUAUGAUCAUGAUAUGGAACUUCUUUUGGAACAUAUGCAAAAGGAAAGUGAAGCAUAUGAUGAGUGUCUUUCACUCGGUCAUAUAUUGCAUAAUGCAGGAAUGUACGAUAAAGCUGAACAGUUCUAUAAUCGAAUGUUGAAUGAAUUACCAAAUGAUCAUCCAAAGAUCGCCUCCCUUUGGGGUUCAAUAGGACUUGUAAAAAGAGCAAAAGGACAAUUGGAGAUCAGUUUUCAGUGGUUCAACAGGUCCUUCAAAAAGUAUGAACAAAUGGGAGAUCGUCAGGGACUUGCAAGAUGUCUACAAAAUCUGGCUAAUAUUCAUCAAACGAAAGGAGAAUUCGAUCAAGCCAUCAAUAAAUAUAAUCAAGCAUUGAAAAUAUUUCAAGAAUUGCCUGGUGAUCAAAAUACAUGGGUUGCAAAGUGCUUUCAUAAUUUGGGCGUCAUUUAUACUAGGCAAUGCAGGUUCACUGAAGCAGUUCAAUGUUACAAGGAUGCGUUAAAUAUUCGAGAAACAAUUUUACCACACACGCACCAUGAGAUUGGAAUGACACUUCUCAAUAUGGGCAAUGUUUGUUGUGCUAAUGAUGACUAUGAUCAAGCCCUUCGAUAUUUUGAGCGAGCAUUAGGUAUCUUUACAAUAUCGUUGCCAUCUGAACAUCCAUCUAUCGCAACAAUUUACUGCAAUAUGGGUGUAGCUUACUUACUAAGGAGCAGCGACUAUCAACAAUCGUUGGUCUUUUUAAAUAGAGCGGCUUCUAUUUAUCACAGCACACUUCCACCGGAUCAUCCCAACAUUCAUCGUUGUGACAAUAUGAUCGAUUGUGUCAUACAAAAACAAACCCAAUAA